CCCGUUCAUGCUCUGUCUCUCUCUCUUGCCGACGACCGUAUGGCUCUGGUGUCGGGCAUUAGCUUAGAUCCAGAAGCAGCAAUCGGCGUGACAAAGCGGUCGCCCCCUAAGUGGGUGGACGGAGUGGACGAAAUACAGUACGAUGUUGGCCGGAUCAAACAGAAAAUGAAGGAAUUAGCCAGCCUUCACGACCAGCAUUUAAACAGGCCCACCCUGGACGACAGCAGUGAGCAGGAACACGCCAUUGAAAUCACCGCCCAAGAGAUCACUCAGCUCUUCCACAGGUGCCAGCGGGCCGUGCAGGCUCUGCCCGGCCGGGCCCACAGGGCCCGUUCCGACCAGGAGGAGCGGCUCCUUCGCAACGUCGUGGCCUCCCUGGCCCAGGCCCUGCAGGAGCUGUCGGCCAGCUUCCGGCGCGCGCAGUCGGGCUACCUCAGACGCAUGAAGAAUCGAGAGGAAAGAUCCCAGCAUUUUUUUGAUACAGCAGUACCACUAGUGGAUGAUGGAGACGAUAAUACUCUCUAUGAUCGGGGUUUUACAGAUGACCAGUUAGUGCUGGUGGAACAGAACACGCUGAUGGUGGAGGAGAGGGAGCGGGAGAUACGCCAGAUCGUGCAAUCCAUUUCUGACCUGAAUGAAAUCUUUAGGGACUUAGGAGCGAUGAUCGUGGAGCAGGGUACAGUCCUUGAUAGAAUUGACUAUAAUGUCGAACAGUCCUGCAUCAAAACCAAAGACGGCCUGAAGCAGCUUCACAAGGCAGAGCAGUAUCAGAAGAAGAAUCGGAAGAUGCUUGUGAUUUUAAUAUUAUUUGUCAUCAUCAUUGUCCUCAUUGUUGUCCUGAUCAGCGUGAAGUCUCGCUAG